AUGUCUGCCUCUACGCCAAAGCCCAAGCCGGCGGUACCCGUCGCGCUUUCAGUCGAGGCUAUCGACGACCUGAUCUACGAUGCCCGCGCUGGUGACCUGGAGGCUCUGAAUGCCGACAUCGCCACUUUAGCCUCCCAGCACAACUGCCCAGAGUCGCACAUCGUUGCGUCCGCCAUCGACAUGGAGGACGAAAGUGAAGGCGGGACUGGCUCCUGCGUGCUGCACUUCCCCGCCGCAAAUGGAAAUAGCGAAAUCCUCAACACUCUUCUCCAAAAGCUUUCCUCGCUGGAUGCAGACCAGCGCACGGCAUUCGUCAACCACCGCAAUCACUCUGGCAAUACGCCCCUGCACUGGGCUGCACUGAACACGCACCUGGAGUGUGUCAAGGGCUUAGUUGAGGCCGGUGCAGACGUCGCUAUUAAGAACGAUGCCGGUCACGAUGCAAUGUUCCUGGCUGAGCGUGCGGCUUGGACUGCUGCCGCGGAGGAAGAGGGUGAGGCGGAUGAGAACUCGGAGGAGCCCCAAGAGAUUGAGAUGACUAUUGGUGAGGAGGGUGAGCAGAAGACUGAUGCGGGGGAGAUGUCUGCUGGCAGACAGGUCGUGGAGUGGUUGUUGAGUUCAGAGAAGGCGGCGGGUCUGGAGAGUAGUGCUACUGAGGGAGAGAAGUCGACGUGA